AUGGCGGAAAUGCAGGAAUUCGAACAGCGGAGCGCUACGGACGUGCGGCCAGGAGGCACGAGGAAGGCGGAAGGCGGGAUACAGGAAGCUCGGGAGGAUGAAUUUGCAACAGGGUUUGAAGAUGACCAUGGGGGGCCGCCAAUGACGGCGCUCGCGCCUACGUCAGUGACCUCGACGGUCUCGGCACGCCGGAGCCAAGCAAGCGCCAAGGGUGUUAACGCGUUUCCAAUCAAUGAGUAG